CACAAGAGUAUUUGCAGCAGUACUUAUCUAUAAUGUUUGUAUAGGUUAAAUACAGUAUUUUGUUGUUUAAGUUCGGAUCACCAUUUUUACAUGCUUUACAUAGUUUCCUUUUGACAGCUCACUGGAACUGACAAAUGAAUUAUUCCAAAGUGCAGUUUUUGCUUCCUCACAAUGGGCAGACUGGAGGAACAGGUUUAUCCCGUCAGGCAACGGUUCUCGAAGGAUAAAUUCUAGAGACAGCGCAAAAGGGACUUCAGAUGGAGACAGCAGCAGCAAUGAGGGGCUCUCAGGGUCUACAGUGCCUCCUGCUGCUCUUCCUGGGAUUCACUCUCUGCACAGCGGGGGUCCCAGGAAAAGAGUUCAUAACUGCUUUCAUGCAGAACCAUGACAGAAAUUCUGGCGAUCCCACCCUUAGUCUCUCCAUCACUGCCUUAUAUGACUCCACCACAGUCACCAUUAGGAUCAAUCAAGAUAAAUUUAAUUCGAAGAUCACCUUAAAUAAAUUGGAGGAAACCACAAUUUUGCUUCCAUCGAAGAUCCAGCUGAUAGAUUCUGUGGAUUCCUCCUAUGUUGUGUCUGUCUCAUCCAAUAAUCCGGUGUCGGUUGUUUCCACAAACUACAAGGAACAAAGCUCGGAUAGCGCAUCAUUAUUUCCAGUAACGGAAUUGGGGACUGAAUAUUACAUUGUUACCCCUUCUGAUGGAUCUUUUAAAGAGUUUGUUGUCAUUUCAAAAGAACCUGCAGAACUCACUAUACUUCCUACUGGUACACUGAAAUAUUUGGGCACAACCUACGUCAAAGGAAAGUCAUUCAAACUGUCUACUGAAAGCUAUGGAGCUAUUCAGUUUCAAAGUGCAGAUGAUCUCAGCGGCACCAAAGUUGUGUCAAAUAAACCAAUUGCAGUUCUGAGUGGUCACACCUGCUCCAUAAAGUUCACCAAGUGCAACCACGUCUAUGAACAGCUGCAGCCCACUUACAUUUGGGGGACAAUGUUCUUCAUACCAACCGUAUCAUUCCAGACCAAUUAUGAUCUUGUGUACAUCACAGCUGCCACCAAGAACACCCUAGUAACUUAUCAAGCUGGAUCACUGCAGAAGAGCCAGGAGCUAGAUGCCGGAGGAGUCAUGGAAAUUCAACUGGAGGCGGAUGCUCCACUGUUCAUCAAUUCAACAGAGGGCAUCCAAGUCAUGUAUUACAGUACUGGUGGCUAUAAAGGACGCAUGCAGUAUGACACAUUUCUUAUGACCGUCCCAGAUGUGACCUCAUUUUGUACCUCGUUUCAGACUGUGUAUAUGAAAGAUUUGAAAGGCUUUAAUGAAGCCAUUCUCGUGGCUAAGACAUCUAAUCUGAAAGACAUAACUGUUAACGGAGGUUCUCUUAAUGGCAUUAACUGGAACUCAAUUCAAGGAACCGAAUAUUCUUGGGGGGAGUUCCCACUGACUGAAAACUCUCAAGAAUAUCUAUUCGAAAGCAGUAAAAGUCCCUUUAGUCUAAGUGUUUUUAGGAUCUCCAACCUAAAUGCAUAUGGAGAAGUGGCUACUUGCAUCGCAGGUUCUUCCCGACCAUCAUGCAGUCAAGUCUCCUGCAGGACAAAAGAAGUCUGUAAAAUCCUUCACGGUAAAGCAAUAUGCCAAGCAACCGGAGAAGCCACAUGCUGGGCAUGGGGAGACCCCCAUUAUCGCACUUUUGAUGGAAAGAACUACGAUUUCCAGGGAACUUGCUCUUAUACCAUGUCCAAAACCUUUAAUACAAACCUUACAUACUUUAAUAUUGAAGCUGUGAAUGAAAAUCGAGGUUCAUCUCUUGUAUCGUACCUUAAAUCAGUCAAAAUCCAGGUCUACGGUUAUAAUAUCACUGGUGUCAGGUCGGAAAUUGGAGCAGUGAGGGUAAAUGAUCAAAAAUUUCCUCUUCCCCUUAUACUGAAUGACGGCAAGUUGAAAUUAUCACAAAAUGGUACGUCAUUAAUUCUUCAAACUGAUUUUAUGCUGAAAGUCUUCUAUGACUGGAACACACUCCUAAGGAUCACCGUUCCCAGCACUUAUUAUGAGGCUGUUGGUGGUCUGUGUGGAAAUUACAAUGGUAACCUCGGAGAUGACCUCUCCUAUGAAAAAAAGGCUUUAUCACCAAUUGAAUAUGGCCAACGAUGGAAGGUUAAUGAGACCAGUGAUGCAGACUGUCAUGAUGACUGCAAUGGAGUGUGUAAGCUUUGUCCUAUUGAAAAUAAAAAAAUAUAUGAAAAAAAACAGUAUUGUGGCAUUCUCACCCAGAGUAAUGGCCCUUUUAAAGUCUGCCAUAAAAUAAUUGAUCCUCAAAACCACAUGGACAACUGCGUCUAUGAUCUGUGCCUCAACGAUGGUUACAAUCAGAUCUUGUGCCAGGCAUUAAAGGCCUACAGUGAUGCAUGUGCCAUGGAAGAUAUUCAAGUUGGUGAAUGGAGAAAGAUAACCGAAUGCUCUAUCAACUGUCCUGGGAACAGCACAUAUAACAAAUGUGGAAGUGCUUGCCCAGCUACGUGCCAGGAUCUGAAUGCUCCAUCUAAAUGCAACAAUCCUUGUAUUGAAACCUGUGAGUGUGAUGCAGGAUUUGUGAUGAUCGAGGGAAUAUGUCAACCAAAGGCUAAUUGCGGCUGCUUUUACCAGGGUCGUUCCAUAAAUCCAGGUGACUCAUUUUGGAAUGAUACUGCCUGUCGGAAAAAAUGCUUCUGCGAUCCAUUAACUCGUCAAGUAGUAUGCACCAAUAGCAAAUGCGCAAAUGGAGAAAAGUGUUUGGUCUAUGAUGGAAUCCAAGAUUGCUAUCCAACCAAAUACAAGAUCUGCUCUGCUUCAGGAGACCCUCACUAUGUCUCCUUUGAUGACCUCCAUUAUGACUUCCAGGGAGCUUGCCAAUACUUGCUAUCAGGGCUUUGCAAGAAGAAAAAUAAUUUAGCUGACUUUCAAAUCAUUGUGCGAAAUGAACACCAAGGAAGUCUUCUCGUCUCUUAUACCACUGCUGUUAACUUCACUAUAUUUGAAACAGAAGUCCAAAUCUAUAGAGAAUACCCAGCAGCAGUUUUGGUGAAUGGAAUAAAGUCCAAUGUUCCAUUAACUCUGAAGUCAAAGCUUGGUAACAUCAACAUCUUCCAGUCUGGGAGACAAUGCAUUGUUCAGACCAGCCUUGGGAUCCGUGUGACAUUUGACUGGGAGUCACGAGUCAGUGUCACUCUUCCUUCAACAUACUCUGGAUCCGUGUGUGGUCUCUGUGGAAACUUCAACAAUGAUUCUACAGAUGACCUGAUUGAUCGCGGUGGUAACCUUCAGCCUGAUCUUUCUUUGUUUGGUCAUAGCUGGAGAGAAGGUCAAAAUGCUGACAAAUGCGAAAUUGUCAAGGGACCUAAUUGCACCAAUCUUCGAAAGUUGGAAUUCGAGCAGAAGAAAAACCUGAAGGAAUGUGGAAUGGUGCUUGACACCAAGGGUCCUUUUAGAAAUUGCCAUUCCAAAAUUGAUCCUUCAUCUUACUUUAAGGACUGUGUUUAUGAUAUCUGUGCAUAUGGUAAAAGGCCAGAUCUCAUAUGUAGACUAUUGACCGGUUAUGCUGCUUUGUGUCAGGACGCUGGAGUUGACAUCUAUGAAUGGAGAUCUGACAUCUGUCCAAUGUCCUGCCCCCUGAACAGCAGAUAUAACGUUUGCAUCAGUGGCUGUCCUUCCACCUGCCUCUCCAUGUCGUUGUCAACAAAAUGUGAUGCCACUUGCCGGGAAGGCUGUGAAUGUGAGAAAGGCUAUGUUCUCAGUGGUACUGAGUGUGUGCCCUUGUCCCAAUGUGGAUGUCUCUACAAUUCCCAAUACUACAAGCCCGGGGAUGUCUUCUACCCAGAGGACACAUGUGAGAAAAAAUGUACCUGCUAUGGGGGAGGCGCUGUCACCUGCGAGUCCGCCUCCUGUGGCCCCUAUGAACAAUGUAGCAUUGUCAAGGGGGUACAAAGUUGCAAUCCUGUGGGAUACGCCGUCUGCUCAGCCAUUGGAAGGACAACUUUCAAUACAUUUGAUAAUUUCGGAUAUGAUUUCAAUGGAAACUGCUCUUACAUAUUGACACAGACCUGCCUGAUGGAAGGGUCAAAGCUGACUCCUUAUGUUAUCCGAAUCAGGAAUGUAGAAGGCUCAGUUACCAUCAGCAAGAAAGUCAUACUUGAAGUCUAUAAUUAUACUGUCACCUUUCUGCAAGGAACUGAAAACAAAAUCCUGGUAAACGAUAUUCUUCGAAAUAUCCCAUUUGAGCUGGAGGCUGGUAGACUCAGGGUUGAGUAUCAGGGUGGAGGACUUGUCCUUAAAACAGACUUUAGCAUGGUCAUCGCGAUAGACAAUGCAAUUCAUGUAACUAUACCGGCAACCUAUCACAAUCAGACAUGUGGCCUGUGUGGAAACUACAAUGAUGACAAUAAAGAUGAACUUAGUCCAACUGAUAAUGAUGCUGUAUCAUUUGCUGAGUCUUGGAAAGAACCAGAAGAAUUCUGCACUACAAAUGAAGUCUGUACUGGAGACAACCAAACUUGUUCUGACUGCCCCAGAAUAUUAAGGAAGACUUUUUCUGGGGUGAUGUUCUGUGGAAUUCUUACUUCUCCAACUGGCCCAUUUUCACCAUGCCAUCAAACAAUUGACCCUACAGCCUACCAGAGGAGCUGUGUUAACACUCUUUGCUCAAAAACUGGAGAACUUUGUACCAUUAUUCAAGGCUAUGCAAAGCUUUGCCAAGAUGCGGGUAUAGAUAUAAAGCCAUGGAGGACACAGAGCUUUUGUCCAUACACUUGCUCCCAGGAGCACAGCCAUUAUGAGCUUUGUGCUGAUGUCUGUUCCACUAGUUGCUCUUCCCUCUAUGACAUUACCAGCUGCCCAACAACCUGCUCAGAGGGCUGCCAAUGUGACAAUGGAUAUUUCUUCCAAAGUGGUCUCUGUGUGACUCCAGAUUUGUGUGACCGAUGCAUAUUAAACUCAACAUUUUACAAGAUCAAUGAGACCAUCAUCUCAGAUGACUGCAGCCAGUCUUGCACUUGUACUUCUCGACAUCUGAUGGUCUGCGAACCAUACAGCUGUGCCUCUGAUGAAAUCUGCACUGUCUUAAAUGGAAAAGUCCAAUGUAUUAAUAAAGAUCCUUGCAAGUCAGUCACAUGUAGAACAAAAGAGCACUGUGAGGUUGUUGAUGUCAAUGUUCCAGUUUGCGUUCCUGACUAUACAAGCUCUUGCACUGGAUGGGGAGAUCCUCACUUUACCACAUUUGAUGGCUACAACUUUGACUUCCAUGGCACUUGCACAUAUAUCCUGGCUGCAUAUGUUGGUUCUGAUACCACCUUGGAGUAUUUCCAUAUUGAGGAGAAAAAUGACAACAGAGGAAGUCCAACAUCCUCUUCCGUCAGGCUAAUUAAUAUCUUUGUAUACAACUUCAACAUUUCAAUCUUAAAAGAUGAACCUGGACAAGUUCGAGUAAAUGGUGAAAUUCAAAACCUCCCUCUCAUAAAAGACAAAAUCACUGUUAUUCAAAGUGGAGGAUAUGCAGUCCUGAAAACGUCUUUUGGUCUUAAGGUGGAAUAUGAUUACAAUUGGCAUGUGGAAAUCACAAUCCCAAGCAGCUAUUAUGACACCAUUAGAGGUCUCUGUGGAAACUUCAAUGGUAACCCUAAAGAUGACAAAGUAUCUCCUGACAACAAACAAAUGACUGUGAUAACCAAGUGGGCAAAGUCAUGGAAAGUGGCUGAUGAUGAUGAUGCUUUCUGCUUGGACAGUUGUCAAGGAAGCUGUUCUGAAUGCAAUGAGACUCUGAAGAACCUCUAUGAAGGAGAAGAGUUCUGUGGUCUUCUUGAGGCUGACGAUGGACCUUUCAAAGAUUGCUAUGACACAGUCAGUCCCACCAUAUUCCUUAAUAACUGUGUCAAAGAUGUCUGUAGUCAUGAUGGGCUUGGCUUGUGUCAGGCUUUUGAAGCCUAUGUUACAGCAUGUAGAAAACAGGGAGUGCUCAUCCCAGACUGGAGAAACAUUACUGCAUGUGAUAUGAAUUGUCCUGAGAACAGUCACUAUGAUUUCUGUGGCACCUCUUGCCCGGCUACCUGUUUUGACAAAAACUCUCCAGACCGAUGCACAGAACCAUGCAGGGAGGCAUGCCUAUGCAAUAAGGGAUAUGUUUUUAGUGCUGGCAAAUGUAUUGAUGUCACAACCUGUGGAUGCAUCUACAAAGAUAUUUAUUACAAGCCCAACCAAAAGUUUUGGUCUGAUGAUAAGUGCAGUGUUCUCUGUAAGUGUGACCCCAAUCUUGGACUCGUAGUGUGCACAGAAGACAAAUGUCAAGACAAUGAAAGAUGUAUGCUAAGAGGAGGUGUCCGAGACUGCUAUCCUGUAAGUUACGCCACAUGUGUGAGCACAGGAGAUCCUCACUAUACAACAUUCGAUGGAAGGAAAUAUGACUUCAUGGGGUCAUGUACCUAUCAGUUGACUGGAUUGUGUCCUUCGAUGGAUCCAAACCUUACCCCUUUUCAAGUCAAAAUUCAAAAUGAGAGAAGGGGAAGUAAAAAUGUUUCCUACACAAAGUCUUUGACUUUAGAAGUGUACAAUCAAACCAUCACAUUGACCAGGGACUAUCCUCAAAGAGUUUUGGUCAAUGGUGUCGCCAAUUUUUUACCUUUCACACUGGGAUCCAACAAAAUCAAAGCAUUUAUGAAAGGAGAACAUGCUUUUGUCCGCACUGACUUUGAGGUUACCAUCAAUUACAACUGGGAAACUUAUGGCCGAGUGAUGGUGCCUAAUACUUAUGCUGAUGCACUAUGUGGCCUGUGUGGAAACUUCAACCAGGAUCCUAGUGAUGACUUGACCCCAAAAGGCAACAAAGAAGACGAAAUUAAGUUUGAAGAAAAGUUUAGGGUUGGUGACAAUAAUGACUGUACAUCCGAAUGUGUAGGGAAUUGCAAAGGCUGUAGUGCAGAUGAUACCCUUAAAUACUCAGGUGAUAAGUAUUGUGGUAUUAUCAAGAAGAAGGAUGGACCUCUGAGUCAAUGCUACGAUACAAUCAACCCUUCAUUAUAUUUUGCUGACUGCGUGUAUGAUAGCUGUCAAUCUGGAGGUCAAUAUUCAGGAGUUUGUGGAGCCAUUGCUAGGUAUGUCUCUGAAUGUCAAGAAAAGGGAGUCAUCAUCGAAGAAUGGAGAAAAUAUACAAUAUGUGAACAAGUCUGCCCCACGAAUAGUCAUUACGAGCUCUGUGGACCUGGUUGUCAUGCCACAUGUUCAAAUGCUGCAUCUGACUGCCAGAAGACCUGCACUGAAGGAUGCUAUUGUGACAGUGGCUUUGUGCUCAGUGGAGACACAUGUGUCUCCGCUUCUGAAUGUGGCUGUGACUACAAUAACACUUAUUAUCAAAGAGGUCAGAUAUUUAAUCUAAAUGAACAGUGCAAUACGCAGUGUCAGUGUACAGCCAAUGGAUUGGUCGAAUGCCAGGCAGUGUCCUGUGGCCCCAAUGAAGAGUGUAAGGUGGUCAAUGGAGCCAUUGGCUGUCAUUCUAAAACAACAAGCACAUGUCUGAUGGCCGGGAACCGUAACUUCAUUACAUUUGAUGGUCUAAGCUACAACCUCCAAGGCUCAUGUUCCUAUAUCUUGACUGAGGUCUGUAGUGAAGGUUUGGACCUUGGCAACUUUUCGAUUGUGGCUGAGAGUGGGACUUUUGGAAGAGGCAACAUUGUCGGAACACGUUCGUUGACAGUCAAUGUGCAUGGGUAUGAGAUUAUUGUAGAGCGAGAGGCACAAUGGACAGUGACGGUUAAUGAGGAGACCCGCAUCUUGCCUGUCGUUCUGGACAAUGGUAAAGUUGAAAUCAACCAAGAAGGCUCCAGUAUAGUCCUUCAGACUGAUUUUGAUGUGGUUGUCCGUUAUGAUACCAUAAACUCUGUCCACAUCACAGUUCCUUCUGUCUAUGAGAGUGCUAUGUGUGGUCUGUGUGGUAACUUCAAUGGCCACUUAGAUGAUGACCUACGUCUACCCUCUGGCCAGUUGUCCACCACCACUGAAGAAUUUGGGGCAGCUUGGAGUACAAAUGGAGAUGGGAAAGACUGUAGCUGUAAAGAGAAUUGUAAGGGUUGUGAUAAGAUAAGGUCAGCCAUAUUCAGCCAAGACAAGGCUUGUGGGUUAUUGCUGAAGCAAGAUGGACCAUUUACAGACUGCUAUGGACUAGUCAAUGUGACUGACUAUUUUAACCAAUGUUUGUUUGAUAUGUGUGCAAGUGAUGGUCAAUCAGAGGUCUUAUGUCACAGCCUUCAAGCUUAUGUUACAGCGUGCCAGGCUGCUGGGGCCAAAAUUAAAUCUUGGAGGUCAUCCAAUUUCUGCCCAUCGGCAUGUCCUGAAAACAGCCAUUAUGAGCUGUGUGCUCACACUUGUGAUGUUUCGUGUUCUGCUGUCUCCACACCCAUUUCCUGCACUGGGCAAUGUUCAGAGGGUUGUGAGUGUGAUGAUGGAUAUCUUUUUGAUGGAGAUCGGUGCGUGGCCAUGAAAAACUGUGGAUGCUUUUACCAUGGAAGAUACUAUAAUCUCGGAGAUGAGGUUCUGUCUGCUGACUGUCUCCAGCGAUGCACAUGUCAAAAUAGUGGUAUUGUUUUGUGCAGCCCGUUUAGCUGCUCAGAUACUGAGUACUGUGGUCUUCAUGAAGGAAUACAAGGCUGCUAUAAAAAACGUGGCACAUGUAGCCUAAGCGCUAAGGGCAACCUGGUCUCAUUUGACAAUUUAUCUGGGUUUGUUGCCCCCGAAAACAUAUUUGACUUCGUCUCCGUGUGUAACCAAGAAGCUGACAGUUGGUUCCGAAUUGUUGUGAUCACUCACAACUGCAACGAUGAUGAUAGCGACAUCUCUGCUGUCCACGUCUACUUCCCUGAUUUCUCGAUUGCUCUAAGUCCCAGUGGACAGGCCUGGUUCAACGGCCGGACAGUGAAUCUUCCCUACUCGUCUGGAGAUGUGAAGGUAGAAUUUACCCAGGAAAAAUUGCAGCUAAUAAGUGGUGAAGACCUGGAGUUCACGAUGAGACACAAUGGAGACAUAGCCCUGAAUGUGCACCAGAAGUUCUCUAGUGCCCUUUGUGGAGCAUGUGGCAACUUUAACAAGAAGAAAUCUGAUGAUCUUCAGAUUCUGGGAGGAAAGCCCAUUUCCAGCUUCUCCGAGUUCAUCACCUCUUGGACAGCACAAGACUUUGUUAGAUGCGUCCCCUGUGAAGAUGAUAACUCUGCAGAUGAAGGCAAUUCCUCAGGUUUUUCACCAAAAUGCAGAAACCGUAAAACAUUGUGGUAAAAGAAAACAAUUCUGAUGAUUUUUUUUUUGUACAUAGAGAAAAU